GUAUGAUGCUACCUAAAUAUCAUCAGGAGAUGAAUGGUUGUGCUGGUACAGGGGAAGGCGUGGACAGAUAUAAAUAUGGGGGAUUCUAUCACCACAAGUAUAGAAACCAGAUCAUCAACAACAUUCAACAAUUAACAAUAUACUACACAAUUCCAUUACCAUACUCAAACACAUACAAUUCAACCCAUACUCCACAAACCCAACUACAAACCAUCCAAAAUGAAUCUCCUACUCCUAACUCUAACCCUCCUCACCACCACCCUCACCACAGCAACCCCAACCCCCCGCCAGGACAGCCUCGUCUGGCCAUACGAAACCUACCGCUACUGGGUCCAAACCGGCAACUGGAAACUGGACCCACAAGACCAACUCCUCGUCGUGAAAAACGGCAACGCAGCAGACGAAACCACCACUAUCGUAACCUUCAACAUCCCCACCACAGCCGACGGUCACAAAUGCAAGCUCCUAUUCGACCUCUGGGACCGCGACGUCUCCAGCGGCUCAAAGCAGGCCGACGUGUUCACGGCCACCAGGCCCACUGGCGCGAGUGCUUCUGACUCGAAUACUCAGUCUGUGUCGCUGCAGUCUGUGUCGAAGGAGGUCGCCGAUGUGAUUGUUCAGUCGAGGGAAGAGCAUGUCGGCCGGAUUAGUGUUUCUGCGCCUGGCACGGCUGACUGGGUGUUGGCUUAUCAGGGGUAUCCCGAGUUUGAUUGUCCUGCUGGGCAGAUGGUUGGGUUUGAGUUUGUCGGGGUUAAUGAUGAGGUUGCUAUUAGGUGGGAUAUUGGGGUUACCGGGCCUAGGGUGCAGGUUUUGUAGGUUGGUUAUGUUGUUUGGUGGUUUGGAUUUUGGGUUGGUGAGUUUUUGGGCUGGGAAGAGGGUGAGAUCGGAAGAAGCGUUUGUAGUCUGUUAUGACUUGAUGGUAUUUGCAUAGGAAUGACUUGGUUUGUUGUGUUUAUAUCACUGAAUAUAUGAAUCUUGCUGAGAGUAGGUCAAGUUGACUUCGUCUCGUGCAGGGGGAUCAG